UCAGGAACCCCCAUUUCCGGAUUGCGAGACAUUAUUGGGACACCCUGUAUAUAAGGUUGACCAAGGUACAAAGCAGAAUGUACAUCUAUAAACGCUGAAAAUAUUCGUCGAAUGCAGGAGAGCCGACAAUACAUGUGCAAUAGAACAGAAGCUGGCAUGGAAAUACCAUGGACGAAUACGAAUGGGGAUCCGGUUGAAGUAAUGGACACGGACGCGACAAGCAAGAAAGCCGAGCGGGAGGCACUGCGCGGCGUGAUACAACAAUGGAACGCCAACCGUUUGGAUUUGUUCGAACUUUCGGAACCGAACGAAGACUUGGAGUUCCACGGGGUAAUGAGGUUUUACUUUCAAGAUAGCGGGCAAAAGGUUGCGACCAAGUGCAUCAGAGUAGCCUCCGAUGCAACGAGUCAAGCCGUGAUCGAGACGCUCAUCGAGAAAUUCCGUCCGGACAUGCGAAUGCUUUCCGUGCCAGAGUAUGCUCUUUACGAGAUUCACGAAAACGGUGAGGAACGCAAGCUCGAACUCGACGAGAAGCCGUUGCUGGUACAAUUGAACUGGCACAUCGACGAUCGCGAAGGGCGGUUUCUUCUGCGAAGAAUCGACGAUAAGACGAAUGCGCAGGGUGUUGCAUUUUCUUCGACGGACGGUUCCAGCUUUCGCAGGAAGUUGAGCAAACGCGAGAAGAAACAGAUGAAAAAGCAAGAGAAGCUCAGCCGGCUCAAGAGCGUCGAACAAGACGAGAACGCGGCUCCGGCCGAUCAGAACGGUGUAGCGGAGAAACUUUAUACAGAGUUACCGGAAACUAGUUUCACGAGAAGCAUUUCGAAUCCGGAAGCUGUGAUGAGGAGACGGCGCCAGCAAAAAUUGGAGAGGAAAUUGCAACAAUUUCGGAGCAAAGACGGCGGUCCGGACACCGGUGGCACGUUGAAAAUCUACGGGGAGGCACUCUGCAAAGACGUCCCGUACAAAACGUUGCUUUUGAGCGUACGAGAUUCGGCGGUGCAAGUUGUACGCGAGAUGCUUUCCAAAUACGGAUUGGAGAAGGUCGAUCCGCAACAGUACUGUCUCGUGCAGGUAAACAGCGAGAGCGCCAAUGGGGGCGCGCAACAAGAGUACAUAUUGGACGACGACGAAUGCCCGUUGGCCAUUCUAAUGAAUCAUCCUUCGACGCGCGGUUCGAUUAUGUUUCACGUUCGGAGAAGACCCGCCGAUUACGUACCUCGGAAACGCAAGAAAAAACCUAACGGAAAAUGGAACGAGAUCGAUUACAGGUACGAGGACGAAAGACUGCCGUUUCUGUUGGAAUUGAACCCGGAUGGCAGCGACGUUCCACACGGGGCAGGAACUCGGCACCGGUUACAGCCCAACGUGACGGAGGUGGGUUCGGAAAGACCGGUAGGUCCGCAAGCGGUUCAAGCUCAGACCCUCACUUUGACCGGACCCACUGUCAUGCCGAGGCAUUGCGUGAUCGCUUUUACCGAAAACAUCGUCACUUUGACGCCUUGUUCCAGAGAUGCGCACACUUAUGUGAACAAUCAGAGGAUACAUCAGACGACGAUACUUCAGAACGGCGCGAUCGUUAAAUUUGGCAGAUUGCACACUUUUCGAUUCAUCGAUCCGGCUCCCGAAGAACGUAUGAGGCAACGCCACGAUUCCGGAAGACAGAUCGAAUACGGCUACGAACGACGAUCCCCAGACUUGACCAUCCAAGAGACGAACGCGGAAAGAUACGGUUCCGUGUCCGGAACUCCGAACGGUGGGCAGAUACAAGCGCAAAAUCAACCGGGUCAAGAUCAGUCUUCGUCGCAUUCGUGUAGUCGGAGCAAGUCGACGUCCGUUUCCGGCACCGCUGCUGCCGUUUGCCUUCCCCGAAGUCCGAAUCCUGCUCCGGAAUCGACGCACAAUUACGAAACCACGUUCGAUCUUGACGGAAACGUCGAGACUGCCAGUCUCACUAGCAGCAGGGACGGUAACAGGCAAUUGCAAAACGAGCGACAACCACGUGGAACGGACCCGAUUCUACCGGCAGUGCUGGAGUUUCUCGAGGAAACGGAGGAAACGUUCUUCCAUGCGGUGAUAACGGACGUGGAACCGUCGGCGCCUCAGUUCAAACUCGCUCCAACGUAUACGCUUUACCUGGCGGCGAGGUAUCGCGCGAGCACGCAUUACAGACCGGAGUUGCAGCCAACGGAGAGAGCGCAUAGGUUAACGGUGAUGCUGGCGAACGUGGCCGGUACGAUACACCGAGUAAUCCAGGAACGGUACAUGGACGCGUCGUCGUUGGCCCUGUGGCUGGCGAACGGCUCGGAGCUGUUGCACAUGCUGAAGAACGAUCGCCACGUUGGAGCGUUUUCGACGAGGGCGCAAGACAUUUUGACGGAAGCGGUCCACGAAGCGUUCGCGUCGUUGGUGCGAUGCAUUUCUCUCGAGCUUGCGCCGGCCAUGUCGCAGUUUAUGGCCGAUGCCGACGAACCAGCCAAGGAAGCCGGAGUUUUGCAGAUAUUCUCGAGUACGAUGGCUCUAUUGAGACGAUGCAGAGUGAACGCCGCUCUCACGAUUCAAUUGUUCAGUCAUCUGUUCCACACGAUCAACGCGACGGCAUUCAACGCUUUGGUUUCGAACACGAAUUUGUGCGUAAGAUGGUUCGGUCGCCGACUGAAAGCGAGAUUGAACGCUCUCGAGACUUGGGCCGAGAGGCAGGGCCUCGAGCUCGCGAGUCAGUGUCACUUGGCGACGAUCAUGCAAGCGACUCAUCUUCUUCAAGCGCCGAAAUAUAACGCGGAGGAGCUCGCUACCUUGAGCUCGACCUGCUUCAAACUAAAUUCCCUUCAAGUCAGGGCACUGUUGCAAAAAUAUCAGCCAGCCGCGGACGAGCCGAGACUUCCGGCAGAGUUGAUCGAAAACGUGGUCAGAGUGACCGAAGGGGUCGCCGACACGCUCGCGCGAGCCGAUGGUAGGGAGAUCAGGCUCGAGGAGGAACCUACGCUCGGCUUGGCCCUUCUGCUGCCCGAAGAUGGGUACAGUUGCGAGGUGAUUCGAGGCGUGCCGCCGGGACUCGCCGAGUUUUUAGCACCCUUGCAACGGGACGGCUUGUGUCGAAUGGCGGCUCAGCCCACCAGUAGCGGAUAUUGGACUAUAUACAUGAUAGAUCACUAUAACAACUUUCGUAGUCCCAGCGCGAUGAGCAACCGAUCCGGUGGCUACGUCUGCAACGCGGGCUCCGCCUCGGUCCAACCGGAGAUUCACGUGAUCAAGUUGCACAAAUCCACGAACGGAAUGGGCUUGAGCAUCGUCGCGGCAAAAGGUGCCGGUCAAGACAGACUCGGAAUAUACAUAAAGAGCGUUGUUGCGGGCGGUGCGGCCGACGCCGAUGGUAGAUUAACGGCUGGCGAUCAGUUGCUAAAGGUGGACGGCCAGAGCUUGGUUGGAAUCACUCAAGAGAAAGCUGCCGAAUACUUGGUGCGCACCGGUCCUAUAGUAACCCUCGAAGUUGCCAAGCAAGGUGCCAUAUACCAUGGACUGGCUACUCUGUUGUCGCAACCCUCGCCCGUUAUGACCAGAGGACCUCGUCGCAUGAGUGAACGAGAUUUACCUUCACGGCUCGGACGCGACGUCGCUGCUCCUCAGCAGCAAAUGCAUACCAGCAAAUCCGUGCCAGCGUUGCACAACGUUGGCACAGAAGGAAAGCAACAGCACGAGGUAUUCAACCCUGGUUACAGUAGAGCAUCGUCCAGCAACAGCGUGACACCUCCGGUUGCGCAGCCCCCAUCGAUGAUCGCGAUCAACGGUUCAACGACGUUGCGUUCUCGCUCCAGUCACAAUUUACACGAUCCGAUACGAAUGGGAACAUUGCCGCCUAGCGGACUCGUGAGCAGACAGCAAUCGUCGCCAAAUUUGAAUCCUUGUCAAAACACCGGGAACAGCAGCGGUUCGAUCGCUAUCGGAGCAAUCGGUUCUACCGCGCUUCAGAGCAACGAAGCCGAAAGAUUCUAUCAAAAUUUGAGCGUUUAUAGAAAUCAAGAUCCGUCGACGAAGCAGCGAUGCAGUCCGUCUCAACUUUUGGACGAAAGGAACACUUUACAGUUGCAAAAGAGCUCGAGAGGUUCUCAGAGUUCUUUGAAUCGUCCGAGCACGUUCGACGCGAGUCAGCCCAGGGACAGGCCGAUAUCGGCUUACGCGUCUCAAGCGCAGCAGCCGUCUUUUCUCGGUACGCAAUCGCAGCAACAAUCCACAGGCCCACCGCCGAGAUCGCAAUCAUCUAGGGAUAUAAUACGGCAAGAAGCGAAACUUCAGGAAAUGCAAGAGGAAGUGAGAAGACGGGAGUUGCGGGGUGGCGUACCACCUUCGGCGGUCUCGGCUUCGGCAUCGGUAUCGACGUCGGCAUCGUCCUCGUCUUCGACGUCGACGUCGACGUCUGCCCCGACUCCCGUACCUGUUCCCGUUCCUGUUCCGGUGCCAGGCACGAUCGCUCAGUAUCGACCGGCCGCCUACAACGUGAAAUCUACCGUCACCGCUCAAGCGACCAAUAUGACUACAAGGCCGAUCAAAUCGAUCGGUUCCUCGCCGAAUUUAGGAACGAAUCCAACGGUCGGGAUGCCCGGAGGAGUUAUGUCACCGGCAUCCGGGCAUACCGCGAGACAAACCGCCGGUUCGAUUUACGGCUACAUGGACGCGCAGUACGGACAGUACGUAGCUCAGUAUGGAAAAUCUCCGCCCGCUCAUCAGCACCAGCAUUCGCAUCAACAUCAAUAUCAGCAUCAGCUUCAGCUUCAGCUUCAACACCAACAUCAGCAUCAACAUCAGCACCAACAUCAGCAUCAGCAGCAACAGCAACACCAGCAUCAACACCAAAAUGCGCAGCAAACGAGUUUGGGUCAUGCUCAAUACGUCGCACCACCGUUCAGAGGGAAAACCGACUCGACCCGUCUACAGUCGAACGGCGGAAUGCCAUCGUUCGAUUAUGGAAAAGAUUCGAAUAAUCAAGAAACGAGUAGAACCUACGCGGACCAGAAUCGACAUUUUAUCGUCGGAUCGCAGUAUUAUUUAAAUGGCAGCACCGACCUGCGAAACGAUCAGUAUUCCGGUGACAGCGAUAUGCAUAGAUCGCAACCCGUACCGGAAGGAAACAAUUCCGUCCAAACCAACGAAGUAAUUCCGAUACGACCCGCUCUUCCGGAAGAAGGUUUCGGAGAGAGUCCACCGCCGCCACCGCCGAACGCGUCCACGCAUCCUCUUUAUAACAAACAAUCGGAUUCGAGGUACACGGCGAGUAUGCAAGACCCGCCUCGUGGAGGAUAUUAUCCUGCCAACGGAACUGCGGGAACCAUGUUACAGCCGCGACAGUACCAGUACAGCGCCACCAAUCCUUGGCAGCGGGAAGAGAGAGAGAAGGAACAAGCGCGCAGACGGGAAGCUGCGAGGCAAUGGCGUGACCAACAAAUAGCCGAAUUGAGCGCGUUACCUCACAGAAGUUCGCAACAGGAGGAGCAACUUAGAGCUCUUCAAUUGGAAAGAGACUUCCAAAAGAGAGCCGAAGAAGCUGCCAAUCAACAAGACGACGACGAAGAAAGCAACGACAUGGACGCCGAGAGUAUACAAAGGGUUCAAGGUUUGCUUCGCGCGGCCAAUAUUCAAGACCGCAACAACCCGCAGGAGCAACCGAAUCCGAAUUUGCCUAAAUCGAACGUUACCGGACAGUCCGUUCGCGCAACUCACGGGCUUCAAUCCCUGGGAACGUCGCUACAUUCGACGACCGCUAUGCCCCCGCAUCCCGUCGUAGCGCAACAAUCUUCCCAAAACGUUUCUUCGCAGGUGAUGCAGGAAAAUUCCGGUUUACAAUUUCCACAAAAUCAUCAACGCGAUCAGUCCAAUCAAUCGCAAAACCAUCUCGGACAGAUACCAAUGUCUUCGUUGAUUCACAUGACCGCUACUCACAAAACCAGUUCUCUCGCUGAAGAUAAGGAAAUGCCACGUAGACCGGACGAACUUAAACGAAAACAAAUGGAGUUUGACGAUACUCUGAAGAAGAAGGAAGAAGAACAACAACAACAACAACAACAACUUCAACAGCAUCAGCACUCGCAAUCUCAACACAAAAACCAACAACAACCGUUGCACCCGAGUCUAUUACGAUUGGAGAAUUUGGUUAUCAAUGGACCGCAUGUAUCGUCUAACCAGAAUGGAAAUAACGAAGCACCUUUGCCACCAGAACGAGGAUCUAGUUACGCGAUAAUGUCACAGCAAGGUACUCUAAGAUCGAAUAACAUGAACGCAACCUCGAUGUUGUCGUUGUCGACUCAUAUGCAACAACCAACGUCCAUCAAAAGAGUCUCGUUUCACGACACAAAUGCAAACAUAGAAAUGUCGAUGCAGCGAAACGUUUCGUCGGGAAACGUGAUUGGUACUGCUGCAGCCACGACAAUGGAUAUCAUCGUGGAGGACCCAAAUAACUUUCUUAACGAUGCGGAAAAUUUAUUGGCGUCCCCGAAGACAUGCGAGGGGUCCGGUGUUCCGCUUCCUGGCGGCACACCCGGUGUUAUAGGCGCGCAAGAAGUUUACAAAGAUCCGAGGCAAAGACGAUUGGCAGAGAAGCAAAAGCAACAGCAAAAUUCCCAAGUUGGACCAGUACCUGAAAAGCUGAGUUUUAAGGAAAAGAUGAAAAUGUUUGCGAUGGAAACCGGGGAAGAUGGAACCCCACGCGACAAAGUGAAAAUUUCACGCGCUCAACGUGAAAUCGAUAAUAUAGGAAAUUCUACUACUCUGAACAACGGCAGCAAUAGCAAUGGUAACAAUAACAAUAACAGUGGCGGCGGUAAUCAUACUACUGUCAACAACAACGCUAGAAAUUAGGACAGAAAACUUAAUUUUAGUAGUUUCGCUUUACAUGAAAAUCGAAGUCUCUAAGAUUUCGAUGACUUCCGAUUUUCAUCGCGUUGCUCGUUACGUAUCUAACUACAAAUUCUGACCAACGAUGCGAAUGAGACUAAACAAGGAUAGAAUUACUUAAAAUAGAGGGGUUUAUAUCCUUGAAUUUAUCAGUGGUCCAUAUUAGACAUAUACAAUUUAUUGUUAUCUUCUUCUUCUUCUUCUUCGGUUAGAUUCUUCCGCUUCUCUCCCUCCUUUGCACGCACACACACGCGUCUCCCUUUUCCUUCCUCCACCCUGCCUCUUUCGCUCUACUCCCCCCCUCCCUCUCUGCUUCCCAAUUUCUGGACCAAUAUUUACACUUUACACUAACGUCAGACAAGGCCACACACCUGACCAAUAAAAUUCCACGAAAGAUUACCGUUCCAAAACUCGACGCUCUUAAAGUUACACGUCCGCCUAGUUGUGGCAGCAUACAAUAAAAAAAAGUCUAUUUUAAAAAUGUACAUAUAGAUAGUGUUAAUUUAAUUUUUAAAAGUUCUUGUUGUAUGCUAUGUUGCUUCGUAUUUAUAUUUGAUACCGUAUUUAGUAAGAUACUAUCAAUUUGUUGGCGCGCGUUACGCGUACGUACGUUCUCAUUAUCGAGUCUCAUGGCACUAAAGCUUUAACGUGAUAGAACGACCUUAAAUAGACUCGUCGAACAUCCGUCGACAGCUUUGAAGUAGGUAAAAGGAGGCGUGUCCAUUAUCGAAGUUUAUGUUUCUAGAUCUAGAACCUUGGAUCCUAAGGUUGAACCUUAACCCUUUUCGUAUAGUUACGGUUCAUUUGACUCUGCCGGUGGUCGUGCGACAUUCCAUUCGAUUCCAUUCCGUGCCUUUUAAAUAUGAACACUGACCAAACAGGCCGAGCAAUUUUUUUUCUCUCGAAUAUUAGGUAUGUGGUAAAUGCAAAUGUUGCAAAACCACAAGUGCAAACUGCUGUAAUGUUUGUAAUGUUUUUCUCGAUAGUGUUACUCGUUAAAUUGUUUUUUGCCAAUGGGACGAGCAUCGAAAGGGUUUCUUACACCCUUGAAAAUCCGCCGCGCGAAAGUUUAGUACGCGUAGAAAGUAAAUAACUUUCCUUGUUGUGUAUAGCGAGCGUAUAAUACACCUUCACCGUUUUUUUUCUAAUGCGUAUCUCCACGUUUGGCUAAAGCAAAAUCAAUUUGUCGAUGCAAUGACUUGAAACGAGUAAUCAGCAAAACUGUAAAUCAUGUUCGCAAGUAUCAUAGCAAUUUAUUCUAUACAUUAUCGAUAAUGUGUUUAAAGAUCAUAUAUUUUUUGAUUAUUGUAAGCGAUGUAGAAUGCGAAUAAGAAACAGGAGAACAAGAAACAAUUGCGUGUACUUUAAAAGCGAAUGCAAAAGAUGCGCUGACGAAACUGAAGUUUUUCGCCAAACGUAAAAUACUUGGAACGUGUAUGGACCAAGUUUUAGCAAAAGUUUGUUAAAAAAAAAAUGGAAUAUACAACUUGUUCGAUCGAUUUAGAAAGAAACAAGUAAUGGUAGAGUAGCCAAUAAUGAGAUAAGAAAGUCUGUGAAAUAUGUGACGAACGAAUAAAUUUCAUUUCUCUAGUAA